AUGAGCCAACAUACGAAUUCUCGAUAUCUCCGUGACUCGGCCACUGGUGUUUUUCCAUACUUGCCACAUGCGACGAUCGACUGGACCAAUGUCUUACCACCAUCAGUAAAUCCUAUGGUAUGCGCACCAGAUGAAGAAAUCGUGGACCCUCAUUCAAUACACAUUGAUGAAUUUGACACAUCAUACGCCACACCUGAAGCUCCAUUUGUUCCGACUACGGACAAUCAGAGACUGGUGAUAUCAACAGAAGCGAUCCUCGCCCAGUUUAAUGCUACAGAUUUGACGUUGACCACCGAUGAAGUGAUCCGGAUGGUAGUACAACCUCAAGAACAUUGGUCAGAUAAGACAAAGAGGUACAUUAUAACCACCGAUGGGUUGGAUGAAUUCGAUGGGUCAGAAAAAUUCAGUCAUGUAAGGUUUAUGCCUUUGGAAAAUGGUCGAAUUUUGAAAAUUGAUAAUACUCGAACUUGGCAAGUACCCCCGGAUUCGGAGAAGUGGUUCACGAAACCAAUCACUCCACUUUAUUAUGACUCAAAGUUAGGAGAUCCGCUUUGUGUCACGCCACCAACUCGGGGUCAAAAGAGACGAAGAAACGGCACGAUAAAGGGAGGCGUGUCAAGUACAACUACCAACUAUAAACAGAAGGUAACAGGUCCCAUUUAUUCUUACUUUGAAGACGAAGAUGACAAUUCACAGUAUCAGGAUGAAUAUGAGGUUCAAUCUUCGGAACGGAGGGUGUAUGAUUUACCUUUACCUUCCUUUUCACGAUCGCCUUACUUUCAAUGA